AUCAUUUAUUUACAGAUAUAACGUUAAUUCAUAAAUUCGUAAUUCUGAGAAAGUGAUGGGUGGUGCUUGGGAGCAGCUAAGACUGCUCCUUUAUAAAAAUUUCCUACUAAGGACUAGACAACCGUUUAUUCUAGCUUUAGAAGUAUUAUGGCCUGUAACCAUUUUUCUUAUAGUAUUAACAGUUAGGCAUAUCAUUCCUCCUACUGCUAAACCAAACUGCCAUUAUAAUGCUAGAGCUCAACCAAGUGCGGGUCCUCUUCCUUUUUUACAGUCUUUACUUUGUAAUAUAGAUAAUGAUUGUAUUAAUAAAACGGCAUAUGAAGAAAUACCAACUUAUCCCCAAGCAAGAGUGGAUGAGUUGGUUGAUCAAAUGUCUCCAUUAAUGUCAGAUCAUCAAAUAACAGAUCUAGUGAGAGCAAUGCCAAGAGGAGUAAAACUGAUGCAAGCUAUUGCAAACACACUUGAUCAACCAGAAAUUAAGAAAAUUCUAGAAGAAGGUAUUCCAUUAAAAGAAUUUAUUAGAGAUGAAGAUAGAGUCAAAAGUAUUUUAAUAAAUGAUGUAAAUAUUUCUUCGCCAUAUAUUGCCGAUGCUCUUUUGAAUUCAUAUGUCAAAGUUCCAAAAUUAAUGAAAAUGUUGGAUUCAACAAGAAAAUUAGCAGAUGUCAUAUGUGAACCUUCUCUUCUUGAACAAUAUUUAGUAUCAGAAAAUUCUGAAGCAUUAAAAGAAGCAUCAGAUGCUCUUUGUAAACUUGACAGUUCUUCUCUUCCAAAUUUAAUUGAUAAAUUACAAAAAGAAAUAGAUGGAAAGAAAAUAAUGAAAAUGAUUGCAGAUUUAAUGUCAAGUUUUGGUCGUCCUGAUGUUGGUCAGUUUAUAGAAGACUUGGGAAAUAUGUGGGAUACUUUCUUUUCUUUAAAAAGUUUGCCAUUUGAUACAACGGGCCUAAAUCGAUUGUCUGUUUGGUUUCCUCAUGUAAAAGCCAUCUACAAAUCAAUUCGAGAUAAACAAGUAGAUCUUUCAUUAAUAACUAAAGUAGCAAAAGAUUUAGAACCUCUUUAUGAAAACAAAGAAUUUGGGAAUGAAAUAAAAGAAAUGGUUAAAUAUUUUAACACUUUAUCUGAAUGGAUAAAGAAAAGUUUGAGUAUUGUUUUAGAAGUACAUUCAGGUUUUGGUUCUCUAUUUAAAAAUACAACAUUAACAGAAAGUAAAUUGAAAGACACUUUAAAUCCAAAAGCAUUAAAAUCUCUUCUAAAUAUUUCUUUGUCACCUGAACUGAAACAAAAAUUUAAAGAUUUAAAUACCCCUAAAAAAUUAUAUGUUUCUAUAUGUGAAAAACCAGGUUUAGUAAAUUUGCUUUAUCCAAAUCAAACCAAUGCAAGUGAUGUUGAUGAUGUAAUGAAGUUUCAAAAUGCACUUUGUAGUUUAUCUCAAAAUGGCACUGCAUCAGAAUUUUUUGAUAUGUUUAAUUUUAAAAAAGUAAUGCCAGAAGACGUUUCUUUUGCAGAAUUUAUAAACAAUACUGCAUCGGUAAUGACAACUCUCAAUUCAUUAUUUAAGGAGUUAUCAGGAACAUCUCAUAAUUAUGCUUCAAUAAUACAAAAGUUAAUUGAUGCAGUUUUAUCUUUUGUCACCCCUUCUUCAUUUGAUGAUGUAAAACGGAUAUCUAAUGGAAUAGGAAUCAUUGUUGAAGUGAUCCAAGAAUUUCAUACCAAAGGAAAAACUCAUGUUGCUUUUAAUAUUAUAUAUAAUUUACUCAAUCAUACAUUAGAUGUAGCAAAUUUAGAUCGUGAAAUUUCUUUAAAAUAUGGAAGAACACAAUAUUGGCCUUAUCUGUUGGAAACAUUUCUCUAUACUCUUCAAGAUGAACAAAAAGCAGCAACUGUUUUGAAUGUUAAGAAUUGGCCAGAUAUAUUUUGUGAUACAAACAAAUUUUCUUCAAUAUUUAUUUUAAAAGAUAUUGAGGAAGAACCAUUACAAAAUUUUGCUUGUGAAUUUUUUACUAGACAUUUUGAAGUAAUAAGCCAUUUAAAAGAAUCUGCAACUGAUGAACCUAUAAAAUGGAGAACAUUAAUAGAUAAGUCAGCUACUCUUUGGAAAUAUAAAAAUGGAACACAGCUAUACAGUUAUAGGUGGAAACGUUUGGUAAAUGCUUACAAAUCUUUCAGAAGAAAAAUAUGGAGUGACUCUAAUUUAAACAAAAGAAUAUCAUUUAUAUUUUUAACCUUGAAUGGAUUUGGACAGUAUGUUAAGAUUGCUAAAGUUCCAUAUUGGCAGGAUAUGCUAGCUAUCUUUUAUUCAGCAGACCAAAUAAUUCAAUUAAUCAACAAUCAAAUGAAAUCAGUUUUAAGUAAUAAUUCUUUACAAGUAUCACAUCUUUCUCUCAAUCUUCCAUCUUUAAAGGAUGUUGUUUCAAAAAUUAUUCCUGCACUCCCUGAUGCAUUUGUUGCAUUUGGAAAUCUUCUUACAAAUGAUCUUAAAAAUGUAAGUAUGGUUGCUUCUGUUUUAUAUAUAUAUAUUUUUUGUUUUUUUUGUUUUUUCCAUUUAGUUUAACUUUUUAGUGGUAGAAGGAACAUGAUGGUAACUGAGAAUAAAUUCUACAAACGUUUUAUUUGAAGUUUAAAAGGAACAGAUUCUGAAAAAAAUAGUCUAGCACUUUCAAACUUACAUUUAUUAUCAGAAACAAGCUAUAAAUACCUUUACCAUACUAACAUAACUAAUAUGUUGUCAUAUAAGUAUACUAAACCAAAAGGAAUAUGACUUAAACAAAUUAAUUAACAAAAAUCUGUUGAGAAUAACAUAUGAUCAAAAAGAUAAUAAACUAAUUGGUUUAUUAGAGAUUUACAAAAUACUCUAAUUGGACCAAUACACUUAUCUCAUUUUGGAAAUGAACUGUUACCAAGAAUUGAGGAGGUAGAGUCAUAUUUAUAAUAUUUUAUUGUAAAUAUUUUCCAUAAAUCUAGACAGAUUCUAGUAUUUUCACAUUAUUUUCUUAAUUGAUUUUUUCAAGAAGUUGCACUUUAUCCCUAAGAAUGGUCACAUUAUUAUUCAUU